AUGGCUGCAGCUAUGCAGGCAACAGCUGAGGUGCUAGGUAAUCAGAUAAAUCAGGAUAAUCAUGGGAACAAUAAUGAUGAGGACGGUCCUAUGACGCUUGCUACAUUUCUAAAAGUCCGCCCUCCGACCUUCAGAAGAACCUCAAAUCCCACUGAUGCAGAUAAUUGGAUUCAGGCUAUGGAAAGGGCAUUACAGGCACAACAGGUUCCUGAAGAGCAAUGGGUUGAAUUUGGAACUUAUCAGUUGCAAGGCGAAGCUCAGUAUUGGUGGCAGAGAACACGGCAUAUCCUGCAGCCUGAUGGUGCUACGAUUCCUUGGGAGGUUUUUCGGACAGUGUUUUAUAAGAAAUACUUUUCUAAUUCAGCCAGAAAUGCCAAGGAACUUGAAUUAAUGUAG